AUGGGAUUUACAGACAAGCUGCUCAAAGGGAAAGCUACUACAAGUAGUGUUCCAGAGCAGCUUUUUGGUACCGAGGUAACUUCCUUUGCACCUGUUGAUUUGUCAACAGCUGUUAAUGCAGUUCGUUGGAGCUACGACAAUCAACUUUUGGCUGUAGCUGGAAAUGAAGGAAAUCUUACGAUACAUGAUUCACAAGGAAAACUUCUCGAGACCAUACCAUUAAAUUAUGAAGGAUCGGAUAUACCAGAUAUAAAUACCGUUCGGUUUGCAAAUAAAUCACGAUACGUGAUGUAUGGUGGGUCCGAUAAAAUUGUUAAUAGUUGGGAUCGUAAAGAAUCAAUGUUUACCGAACCGCUGAAGCCGGACUAUAUGCCCUCUAAGAAAUCAGCUGAUUUCUACCCGUUACCUUAUUUUCAUGCAUUAAAAGCUAAGAUAAUAUUAAAUUAUACUAGGGACAUCGCAGCACUAUCACAUUCUACAAAUGUUCUGGAAUUUUCUUUUUUUAAACGAGGACUAUUGGCUGCUGGGGGCGAGGAUGGGUCAUUACAAUUAUGGGACACCUCUGCUUCUUCAACGGCUUUAUAG